GCCGGAGAGCCCCGCGAUGGCGGAGCCGGGCGGCGAGGCCGACGCGGCGGAGCUGCAGCGCCUGGUGGCGGCCGAGGAGCAGCGGGCCCGCUUCACCGCCCAGGUCCACAAUUUUAUGGAAGUCUGCUGGGAUAAAUGUGUUGAUAAAACAGGCGCCAAACUGGACUCCAGAACUGAAACUUGCCUGGCCAACUGCGUCAACCGCUUCAUAGACACAACGUUGUCUGUCACCAGUCGCUUUGCGCAGAUAGUACAGAAAGGAGGGCAUUGA